AGUAAGAGAUGUUCAUCGUAUUCUCAGUUGAUUAACUACUUCAGCAGUUUAUGCCACACUUCCGAAGCUUCUGCCCCAUGUUAUGUUAACGUCUUGCUACAUUUAUCUUAUCUUGUUCCGUGGCCUUGUCACCACCUUGUCUGACUGGUCAUUUAUGCAACAGCCUUGUUUACUUCAUGAACCCACCCUUCUGAUCUGAAGAGAAUCACCUCUCACUAACCUCUUCAUUUUGGCUCACAGACACACAGUGGAACACUUGUCACCCCUGUAGCUCCCAGUCCGGUGUCUCUGACUAUUGGUAACCAUGAUGCAGGUUUGGAUACUCUCACUACUGCUGCCUCUCACACUGUCAUUCUCUGGGCUACAUGUUGAUCCUAGCAACAUUCAUGCUUUCCCAGAGAGACACAUAGCCGGGGUGUUUCUGGUCAGCUACACAAAUGACCUCAACCAGUUUGCCUAUGCCUUUAAUGCCUCUGAGGCCAGGGAGGUGUGCUGGUCUCUGGGUGUAACCAUGGCAUCCAAUUCCCAGGUUGAGGAGGCUCAGAGACUGGGCUUGGAAACAUGCAGGUUUGGGUGGAUUGAUGAACAUUUUGCAGUGAUCCCUCGUAUUGAGGCCAGUAAAACCUGUGGUCAAAACCAGACCGGUGUCAUCAAAUGGAGAGCCUCUGUCACCAAACUUUUUGAUGUGUUCUGCUUCAAUGCUUCAGGAGCGGCCUCACCCCCCUCUACCUCCCUCUCUCCAGCCAUCAUCCAUCUUGUCCCUUCCACACAGUCCGCACGGCCCACCCCUCAUUCUCGCUCCUCCCUUCUCUCUCUCAGUAGUUUUUCUGAUAACCCAGAGGAGGUAGAGGUAGAACUACCCCAGUCCAUGAGCAGUGCAAAGUCUUCAAUUGGAGCGGUGCCAAAAGCAUUACUUAUCACCUCGGCUGUUGUUCUUCUUCUGACUGCAAUGGCCGUUCUCUUGUACUUUAGAACGAUCAAUGGCCUCAAGACUAUUCUCCUCUGCUGGGAUGGGGAGCAGCAGAACGAGUACAUCGAGACAGAGGAGUGUGCAGCACACACCUGUAUGAAGGACACAAAGGAAGCCCAGACUAAGGGAGAAGCUAAGGCUGAGCCUGAGGAGGAUGUGUGCAAAGAGACCGCCAGUGACAUCAGUGUGAACAUCAGUGAUGAGACCAACACUGAUUCAGCAUCAGAGACAAAACCUUGAUGCUCUAGAUUAUGUAAAACCAAAGAUAAGGUCAGGCUGCUUUUUUAAAGUUAUGUUCCUGUUUAUGGAAGUUUUGUUUAGUAGUUUUGUACAAAGUGUGCAUUGAUGUUAUUGAAAUGCAUUUAUUUAUAGCAUGGGAUGCCUUUACAAUUUUGCUUUAAAAAGUGACUUUGUGUCGUUCAUAUUCAAAAUAUUCAAAAUAGAUUGUUCUAGAGAUCAUCCUAUAUUUUAACCACUAGAUGGCGAUGUCAUCAAGGCAGUUAUCGCUGCAGCUUGGAUGAGUUGAGGAGCUGAAUUGAAAAUGGGUUCAUAUUUUCUGCUACACAGAUUCAUUUGAUGACUUCAGAUGAAGUUAGUCAGUAUGCCAUGGCCAUUGCAUGUGUAAAUCAUGUGUUUUAACUAAUGCCAAUCUUGAACUGAUGCAAUAAAUUCAAACUUUUUGUU